AUGUCGGAAGUUGUGACUGAUUUAAAACUUUUAUCAGGUGAUAACCGACUGAGACAGUUGGAAGCAUUAUUUUUAGGAGGUCCAAUACAAGGACAAGGAAAAUGUUUCAGUAUUGAAACCCUUUUAGAUGUUUUGCUUGUACUGUAUGAUGAAUGUAAUAAUUCAUCCUUACGCAGAGAAAAGACUGUAUCUGAUUUUAUAGAAUUUGUAAAACCUGUGGCAUUAUGUGUUAAGUCAUUGCGUUUGACUAGAGAUGAUUUUGAGACCAUCAAAGUAAUCGGCCGUGGAGCUUUUGGAGAAGUGUGCGUUGUGCAUAUGAAAGGAACAGAUAAAGUUUACGCUAUGAAAAUUCUUAAUAAAUGGGAGAUGCUUAAAAGAGCUGAAACAGCAUGUUUUCAAGAAGAAAGAGAUGUUUUGGUAUAUGGUGAUCGUAGAUGGAUAACCAACUUACAUUAUGCUUUUCAAGACGAAACAAACUUGUAUCUUGUCAUGGAUUAUUAUUGUGGAGGAGACUUAUUGACUUUAUUGAGCAAAUUUUUUGAUCGCCUUCCUGAAGAUAUGGCCAGAUUUUAUAUUGCUGAAAUGAUAUUAGCUAUUAAUUCAAUUCAUGAUUUACAUUAUGUUCAUAGAGAUAUUAAACCUGAUAAUGUAUUAUUGGAUGCUAAUGGUCAUAUACGUUUGGCUGAUUUUGGAUCAUGCUUAAAAGUGGGUUCCAACGGUUUUGUUGAAAGUAAUGUUGCUGUUGGUACACCAGAUUAUAUAUCUCCUGAAAUAUUGCAAGCUAUUGAAGACGGACAAGGUUGUUACGGACGAGAAUGUGAUUGGUGGUCAUUGGGAGUGUGUAUGUACGAAAUGAUUUAUGGGGAAACACCAUUUUAUGCUGAAUCUCUCGUACAUACUUAUGCUAAAAUAAUGAAUCACAAGAAUUGCUUUGAUUUCCCAAAUGACCAAGAAGUACAAGUUUCUGAAGAAGCAAAAGAUUUGAUGAAAAAACUUAUUUGUAGUGCUGAACAAAGACUAGGUCAAACUGGCAUAAAUGACUUCAAAGAACAUAAUUGGUUUAUCGGUGUAGAUUGGGACACUAUUAGAGAUAGUGUAGCACCGUAUAUUCCUGAAGUAUCUAGCCCAACUGAUACCAGCCAUUUUGAUGUGGAAGAAAUUGAUAUUAAAACUGAUAUUUUUCCUCCUACUCCUUCAAAUCCUAUAUUUUCUGCUCUACAUUUACCUUUUAUUGGUUUCAGUUUUACUCAAAAUAGUUUUGUAUCAGAUCUUGGAUCUAUUGGAAAGUCUCUUUCAUCGGGAAAAACGACUAAAAGAAUGCGAUCUCAAGAAGGAACAAGUGAAGUAGAAGAUUCAGAAGAUCAAUUAAAAAAAUAUAAAGAAAACAAAAAAACUCACAACGCUUCUUUUGGCGAUGAAAAAGAAUUGGAUAUUAUAAUAAAAAAGUUUCAACAGGAAAAAGAAGAACUCCAAAAGGAAAAACAAGAAACACAAGAGAAAUUAAAAGCUCAAGAAAUAGAAUUAAUGGACGCCAUGGGACAAAAAAACAAUGCAAUGACUGAAUAUGGUCAUGUAACUAAUAAGUUAUCUGAACUUAGGCAACACAAACAAAAACUGUCAAGACUUGUUAGAGACAAAGAGGAAGAAUUAGAAGAAGCCAUGUCCAAAAUAGACAUAUUACGUCAAGAAGUUCGUCGAUCAGAAAAAGUUCGUAGAGAGCUAGAGAGUCGAUUAGAAGAAUCUGUAGCAGAAGUCAUUAAUGAACGUAAACUGCGUGAAAAAAAUGAAGAAAUGUAUCAUCAAUAUAAGCUUGAAAUUGAAAGAUCGAAUCCACCAUCAUUUGCUGGUAAUAAUUUUGAAACUAAUGAAAACGCCAAUCAAAGAGCAAUGCAAGAAAUAAUUAGAUUGAAAGGAGAGAUUGAACGGUUAGAAGUAGAAUAUAAUGAAAAUAUCAGCAAGGAGCAAGCAAAAUAUAAUUUGGAUACAAACAAAUUGAAAGAUCAAAUAUUUGAAAAUGAAGUUAUUCAAAAAUCUUUAGAAAAAGAAAAAAAAGAGAGUAAUGAAAUAAUCCGUACAAUUGAAUUUGAACAUAAAAGAUUGAAAGAUGAAUUACAUGUUAAAAAACAGACUAUUAAUCAAUUGGAAUCUCAAAUAUCAGACAUAAUUCAAUGGAUUAGUGACGAAAAAGAUGCUAGAGGAUAUUUGCAAGUUUUGGCAGCAAAAAUGAAAGAAGAAUUAGAGUAUUUAAAACAGUGUCCAAAUAAUAAUGGUCAAUCAGCUUUAGACAAUAGUUGGAGAAAUAGAAGAAGCCAAAAACUCGAUAAAAUGGAACUUUUAAAUCUUCAAAGUUCAUUGCAGUCAGAAAUUCAAGCUAAGCAAUCGAUAGGGGAAGAGUUAAGCAAGACUCGUUCAGAAUUGAUUGCAAUGCAAAAAGAAUUAAGAGAUUUUCAUCAGAGGUAUGAAUCUUUGGUAUAUAAUAUGAAAGAUAAAGAUGACAUGAUAAAGGAAUUACAAAAUCAGCUAGACGCCAGACAAUCCUUUUUAGGUCAAUCGUCAUGUUCACCGCUAUCCUAUUUAGAUCACUUUUUAAAUGAAUCUGCAACUGGAAAUAGUAAUAAAUCUAAUUUAAAUGAUAGUAUUGAUAGUUAUGACAGAAGUUUUGAUGAUAAUAAAGCACUGUCAAUUAGAAAGUCUAGUUUUUCAGAUUUCAAUAACACAAAUCCAAACAGUUUAAUUUCUGAAAAAGGAAAAUGUCAUCAGUUUAUUGUUCGAACUUUUUCUUCUCCAACCAAAUGUAAUCAUUGCACAUCAUUGAUGGUUGGCCUUGUUCGCCAAGGUGUAAUAUGUGAAGUGUGUGGAUUUGUGUGCCACACAAUUUGCUCAGACAAAGUGCCAUUGCUUUGUCCGGUACCACCUGAUCAAACGAAACGACCAUUAGGAAUAGAUCCCACACGUGGUAUAGGUACUGCUUAUGAAGGUUAUGUCAAAGUGCCAAGAUCUGGUGGUGUUAAAAAAGGAUGGGUGAGACAAUUUGUGGUAGUAUGUGAUUUCAAACUAUUCCUGUAUGACAUUUCACAAGAUCGAAAUGCCUUACCUGCAGUAACUGUAUCUCAAGUGUUAGAUAUGCGUGAUCCGGAAUUUGCUGUUUCUUCAGUUAGAGAAUCUGAUGUUAUUCAUGCGGGGAAAAAAGAUAUCCCUUGUAUCUUUCGUAUAACUACUUCGCUUUUAGACCCACCUGGAGUCAAAAAUCAAACAUUAAUGUUAGCUGACACAGAAAGUGAAAAAAAUAAGUGGAUCGUCGCUCUUAGUGAAUUGCAUAGAAUAUUGAAAAGGAAUAAUUUACCCAAUACGACGAUAUUUAAAGCAAAAGAACUCGUGGAUAAUACAAUUUCAAUAACCAAAAAUGCCAUGGCUAGUGCUAUAAUUGAUCCCGAUCGCUUAGUAAUAGGAACAGAAGAUGGUUUGUACUGUAUAGAUUUGGAUCAAUUAGAAAUCGCAAAAAUUGGAGAAGCAAAGAAAAUUUUUCAAAUAGAUUAUAUACCAGAGGAACAGCUUAUUGUUGUGUUAUCUGGUAAACAAAGGCAAGUUCGUUUAAUCCCUGUGCGUGCUUUAGAUGGAGAUGAUGUUGAAUGGGUGAAAGUAGUUGAAAGUAAAGGUUGUAUCACAUUCUGCACAGGAUUGAUGAAGAAAUAUCCUGGCAUGACAAAUCUUCAGUAUUGUUUAUGUAUAGCUGUAAAACGUCAGAAUACUUCUCAGGUGAUUAUUUAUGAGGUAACUAGGACUAAACUGAGGCAUAGGCGACUCAGAGAAAUAAUGCUACCAUCUCAAGCACAAAGUUUAACUGUAUUUACUGAUGGACGGUUAUGUGUCGGCUACCAUUCUGGCUUCAGUGUAUACCAUAUAACUGGAGAUCAUCAUCCAAUCUCUUUGGUACACCCCGAUAAUCACAUGAUGGGUUUCUUAUCAUACUCUGCAAUGGAUGCUAUAAAAGCAAUUGAACUUCCUAGGGGAGAAUUUCUACUCAUCUUCCAAUCUUUAGGUAUUUUUGUAGAUUCUCAAGGUCGGAAAUCAAGAGACAGAGAAAUCAUGUAUCCUAGUGAUCUUAUUGAUGCUAGUUAUUGUGAUGGUCAUUUAUUGAUAUAUAGUGAAACCCAUAUAAAUAUAUUUAAUGCUGAUAGCGGUGAUUGGAUUCAGACUUUGAACUUAAGAAAUUCCCAUCCUAUUAAUAAUACUGGUUCAUUAACUGUGUGUUAUAUUGAUGAUUUACCAUGUAUAAUAUACUUGUCUAAUGUACACCAAAGAGAACUAAUCAAUAUCAGAUGGAGAGAUAUAUCUGGUAGUAUGUCAAUCCCACGUACCAGAAGAAGGUUUUCAAUGCGUGAAGGCCAAAAAGCAAUUCGAGGACCUGAUCGUAGGUCCAAAAUAAUAUCAGCUCCUACUAAUUUUAACCAUAUAAGUCAUAUGGGACCAGGAGAUGGUAUACAAAUUCAAAGAUUGCUGGAUUUACCAACAACAGUUGAAACAGCAGAUUCUAUGCCUCCAACUAAACCUCUUCAACCAUUUACUUCAACAACCAGUAAGCAUUCAUUUCAAAUUUCAAGAAGUCCGUCGCAGCAACAUUCCACAUUAAGUGGAUCAACUGCAAAAAGAUCAUACAUUAAAAAGAAAACAAUACUCCCACCAAGAACACCAGAAUCUUUUGGUUCUAAUUAUUCACAUCAUCAUUCAGAUACAGAUCUACCACCAAAUAUGUCUCAUUCGUUAAAUCGCAGCAUAUCAUCUUUAAAUGAAUAUAAAGAUCAUCAGAUUGGUAGCUCAAGGCAUUCUGUAGCUUCAAACAACAGUAGUAAUACCAGCACUCCACCGAGUCCAAAUCGUGAGCAUGGAUCAUCUAGUUAUGAUAGUUAA